AUGGGAGAAGGUGGUCUGGAUUCUCAUUGCAUUAUCACCUUCAUUUUAGGCACUCUUUCCAUACUCACGACAACUUCGAAGGGCGAAUCAUCGAGCAAUCUCCCUUCGAAUCCUGCUUCAACCUCCAACCUUGGAAGUGGCCAAAGACGCGCCAAAAGCCUUGUUCCCUUGUCGGAGAAUUCCGAUUGGUGGAAAGUAGUUGAUAAUGGCGAAGAGGAAGCCGGCUCCUCUCCUGGUCCCCUUAUCCCCGAUCCGGGCUAUGUGAAUGGAGUAGACUCGGCGUUGAUUCCCCUUCUAGACGGUCUUGUUCACAAUAUCUCCUGUUCAUGGUUUUUUGACAACCCUCCUGAACCCAGAUUGGAGACUCAGAGCACUGCAGAUCCACUCACAGCACCUGGUCUUCUCCUAGAGUUUGAUUUUGACAUUCUUGACUGA